ACCCGCACUCAUAGUUAGGUGAUCGUUCGCCGAAAUUGUUUGCUUCCUUUUCGUGUGUGUUCUCUCGGGCAGAUUUUUUUUUCUGUUCUGGUUGUGCUGAUUAAGCGCCGGAUUGCAGCGUUUUUUUUUUAAUAAUCGGGCGGAUUGUAGUGUGUAGUGAGUCCUUGCGUAUCGAUUGCGCAACGCGCGGCUACUACGUGACGAGUGAUUCUACUGAGAAGUGCAGUGACAUUUCGGUUUAAGCGGAGGAUUUUAGAAUUUGUAAAGUGACAAUUUUGAUUGUUCUGGGCACAGAACAAGGAGAAGAAAAUUCAUCUGCAAACGCCAAAUAGUGCCUCAAAUUCUGAAAAAAUGAACCUCCGAACGGGGGCCUUUGUAGGCCUGCUUUGUAUAGGGCUGGCAUCGGCCCAGUUAAACUACCAGCCAGAGUUCCUCUCGGCUGGUCAGGGUUUCCGCUCAGCUUCGCAGUACCGAAGUAAAUCAAUUUCCAAACGUCAAGCUCCGGGUGGUGAUGGUACUGAUGUUAUACCGCAUGAUCAAAAGAAACAAACUACUUUCUGGUGGGUUGCGCCAGACUCUCCUUUCAAGGCUACUAAAAUCGGUGGCGGUGUGCAAACUCCUCCAGGAGCUGGAGAGGAUGGGGCUGCUGGAGGAGCUGCCGGUGGAGUCGCAGGAGUUGCCGGAAUAGCAGGUGCAGCUGGAGCAGCAGGACAGGCUGGAGGAGUAGCCACUGCAGGUCAAGCUGGAGCUUUUGGUGCAACAAGAACUUCACAAUCAAGUUUUCAAGCUACUGCUUCUAGGACAUUUGGGGCAGCUGGUGGACAAGCCGGUCAGGGUCCUCCUCCUCAGCCUGGUCAGUUCGGCGCUGGUGGCACUGCUACUUCGGUUCAGGCUACCGCAUCUAGGACAGUCGGUACCCAGACCGGAGCAGCAGUAGGUCAAGGUCAAGCAGUUGGCGGUAUCGGAGGUUUCGGUACCACCAUCUCCAGGACUUCGACGGCUACCACCAGAACUUCGGGUGUUCAAGGCCAGGCUGGAGCAUUCGGUCAAACCACCAAUACACAAGGAGUUGGAACGAACACUGUGGCAGGCGGCACUCGUACCAAUACGUUUACAGCUACUAAUCAGGUCAGCUCGCAAGGUGUUAUUCCGCCAGGACCACCCGGUCAACCAGGUCAACCAGGACAGCCAGCAGUUACCGGUGGAGUCAGAACUACCAGUACAUUCCGCAAAACAACCGCCACAACAACAACUGGAGUUGCUCCAAUUCCUGCUCCCGCGCCACCGCCACCAGUUUAUACUAAUACUAAUACAGCUACUACUAUCUCUAGAAACACUAAUACAGCUACUACCAUAACCAAUACGCAACAGCAGCAGCCUCCGCCGCCUGGUACUUUCCAAACUAAUACUAACACUGCUACAACUUCUACCUUCGGCGCCGCUACCAGGACCGAUGUAACCGGUACAAGAACCGACCAAGGGCCGCCUCCUAUCUCGCCAACAUCAGGUAUCGGAGGAUCUAGCGUCACACGCACACAAGAAAAUACCGGCGCCGGCAUUAGCACACACACCAUUACCAGCGGUGUCAACUUGCAGCCAUUCUUCAAGAAGACCACCGUCACUUCACACGGCUACGACUAUCCCGUUCCGACGACAGUGCCCUGCUACGAACCGAACAAGGUUUGCACACCCAACGAGUACUGCGUCAACGGACUCGUCCAGGAAAGCCAACUGAAUCUGUUCAACACCAACAACCAGAACUGCAACUCAGCCACCGAGCAGUGUUGUAAGAUUCUUCCAGCGCCACCACCAACUCAGUGUCCGGACAACACCUACGUUUGCGUAUCACCGGACUUGUGCAACAACGGACUGCUGAACUUCGAUGCCCAAAACGCGAUUUCUCCACAACCGUCCGGCCAAUGUUUCUCCCCGGAAGUGUGCUGCAAGACCCAAUCGCUCAUCUCCGAGUCGACCGUGCUGACCAACGAAGGAUACGUAGUAAGAGUGCCAGACAAUCAAUACCUUCCACCGGAAGGACAAAACACAAACACAAACAUUCAAACUGCACCACCACCACGACCACCCACCACUCCACGCCCACCACCACCCACUACCACACGUUACGUUCCACCACCCACCACAACACGUUACGUACCACCACCAACCACCACACGUUACGUUCCACCUCCAACCACCACUCGCUAUGUACCGCCACCAACCACCACGAGGUACUUCCCACCACCGACCACUACGAGCCCUCCAUAUCGCGGUGAUGAGUACAUUCCACCAAGGGAAGAAAUUCCAGCAUCCUCCAAUACCGACCCUAAUGCGGUGAGACCUCCACAGGAUACAAAUGAAGUCCCGAGCCCAGCCCAGGAUACUCCCAGCUUCAUCCGCCCAACGCCGCCACCACGUCCAAUCCAGCCGCGACCAAAUCCACCACCAGUUGGAGGAACCGCUCCACCCCCACUUCCCCCAGUAGGAUGCUCCGCCGCCAUGAACUGUACCGAGCGCGAAUUCUGUUCCUCAACCGGCGUCAUCUCCAAGACCCCAGUCGUGCUUACCCCUGAGCAGGAACUGUUCCGUGUCCCCGUCACCGAGUGCCGCAACCCUGAAAAGGGCUUCACCGGAGUUUGCUGUCGUGAUCCCGACUACGUCGACCCCUGGCCAGUAGGCAUGCUGGGUCUGUACAACCCAGAAAUCCUUCCCUUCGACGAUGGCUCUUACAAACCCAACGGAAACAACGGAAACGGCGUCCAAUCCGGAAACAGCAUCAGCCAAACUCAGCGAAACGAAGCUAUCCUAGCAUCACCUAGUCGCGUUACGGCCGCCCAGAACUACGGACCUAACCAAAUCACCAGCGCUAGCCAAACUCAGUACACGCAGUCAAAGGCCCAAUACGACCGAGGAGUAACGGCUUCCGCUUCGACAACGUCCACAACCGCCUUACAGAGACAGCAAACGCAAACCACAAGCAGCACCGCCGGAAGCUCUGGCACCAAGCGAUUCACCGCCGGAGGACUUCAGUUCGUACACAGUGGAAACACCCGCUUCAAACCAUUCCAGAAGCAGAACGGCGGACAGUGCGCCCCUAGGAACUAUAACACUCAACCACGAGGUGCCGGACCAUGGGACACCGGCUUCGGAGAGUUCCCCUGGCAGGCAAUGGUAAUUCUGGAAUCGAACAAGACCCUGCUGUGCGGCGGUGCUAUCAUUUCGGAGACUACGGUAGUGACGGCUGCCAACUGCGUUUAUGGACUGAACCCACGUGACGUGAUGAUCAAGGGCGGCGAAUGGCGGUUGGGAGUUGAUGCCGAACCAAAAACCUUCCAGAUUGUGCGAGUGAAGAACGUUAUCUACCAUCCGGCCUACCAACCGACGACGCUGAACUACGACGUUGCAAUGCUGGUGCUAGAGGACCGUCUGCGAUUCGAUACCCACAUUGGACAGCUGUGCCUGGAUGAAAACGACGUUGUGCCGAGUGCUUCGUACGAAAACUGCGUUACCACUGGCUGGGGACGUGAAGUGUUGAAGGUUCACAUCGGAAACGCGCUGAUGCGUCAAAUGCCCAUUUCGCUGCUAUCGGAAGCCGAAAGCCAGCGUGAGCUGCAGAACAACGGAUUCACACCCGAGUCGCACAUCUGCGGUCGUCCAGCGGCCGAUGCCUGCGACGUAGACAUCGGUAGUGCGUUGGCUUGUGCUGACACCAGUGGAACCUACUACCUGAAGGGUGUCUACUCGUCGGACAACGGCUGUGGCCGACCAGAUCAGAUCGUGUCGUUCUCGAACAUCGACGUGCAGUGGAUCAGACAGGCCCUGAAAAACCCCAACCAAUUCAUCACGCCAGUGCCAAAUUACCAGACGGCAGCCAACAGUCCGGUGGCCAGCACUGUCCAACAGCCAUCGACGCUGGGGCCCAACUAUGGCAAGGCGUAUCUGCCUCCCUACUAAUAAGAGCUACCACAGUAGAAAAAGCCCACUGAGAUAUGACAGAAUUUACUAAAUGCUUUAGAUAGAACCUAUUCUAGCCGGUAGUAUUGAAGAAAAGUGACCACACUGUUUUACCAUACCUAGACAUCGCCACAUCCAGCCGUCAUUCAUUUUGUUUUACCUCCCAAUAUCGAAUCCCUAGUUUAAGUAUGUUUACAUUGAAUGCAUCUUGUUGUGAAAAACCCCCAUCCAAGAAUCAUGCGCAAAUUCUUCAUCAGAUCAAAAUCAUUGUCGAGUUUCGCUUAGGUAAACGCCUCACGCCAGUGAUGAUAAAAAAAAAAAGAUACACCAAUAUCGUAUGUAGAACAAAGGUCACUCCCCUAAACCUUAGCCAAAACCCUGCCCAGUUUACAUAUCGCGAAACAGUUUUUUUUAGCAAAAGUGCGCACAAGCGAUCCCUUUUUCAAAGUAGGCCCUUUCUCGAGCCAAAACGACGUUAAUACUCCCGGAAGCACUACCAACCAUCGAACGCCAUGUACAAAGCCCCAUCUUUCGCCCUAAUGUUUAGUUAAGCUCGUUAAGAUUCCAGAACGUUCAGUUCCGUAGCAACGCUACUGAACCUCUUUGGAAAUUUUGUACCUUUUGUGACGUUCCCACUUCCUGGACACUUUCAAGGCACUCGCCCUAUCACUUUAUUCCAAAUAUAUGAUAAUCGAAGAAUCAACAAAAAGUAUAACCUUAAAGCAAGUAAUAAUGCAUUUCAAAAGCAAGAAUUAACAUAACUAUUUCAAUCAAGAGUGCACAAUAAAAUAGAAAUUCUGAUCCGAAGAGGAGAAUGUCGACGGAAACAGUGACUAGUGGUUUUAAUUUGCUGUAGGAGCAUGCAGGUACUGUAAGACGCGAAGACAAUCCCAACGUUCGGUAGCCAUGUUAGGACACUACAAGUGUUGCGGAUGAAACAGGGCCGGGACGAGAUAUGUGUAAGGAGCAGUUUUAGGUAAGGAAUGGAAAAGGCAAGGGAUACCAUCCCAUGCAAGUUGCGUUGGAUUGUGGUAAAAUAUCCGGAAACAGUAAAUCGAGUAUAACGUAAUGAAAUAAUGAUAUUUUUAGUAUUAUUUAAUGACCUGUACAUACAUUUUAUAUUGUAAGACAAAUUUAUAUAAAAAUA